GCUUUCGUGUAUUUAGUCUAACCGAAAUGUCCGCCAUCUUUGUGUAAUUGGCCUGACCAGUAAAUAUGGCAGCCUCCAAGGAAGCUGACGACGAAGGGAAUGAAACUUUGGGUUUUGUUAUUGACGAGGUCAUAAAUAACAUCGCUUCUUCGUGGGAUCCAACACACUCUACGGACUGGGAAAGCGAGAAGGCUACUUCACAGUGUUUAAUGAGGAUAAAACGAGACAUAAUGUCCAUCUACAAUGAACCGCCACCGUGUAUGUGCAUAGUGCCCCAUAAAGAUGACAUGACAAUGAUUCAUGCUUUGAUAACGGGGCCAUUUGACACACCAUAUGAAGGAGGAUUCUUCUAUUAUAUAAUCCGUUGUCCUCCAGAUUAUCCAAUCAGAGCACCACGUGUAAAACUCAUGACAACGGGGGAUAACCAAGUCCGAUUCAAUCCAAACCUGUAUAAAAACGGAAAAGUCUGUCUAAGCAUACUUGGAACAUGGUCAGGUCCUGCGUGGAGCCCGGCACAAAGUCUGUCCAGUGUUUUGAUCUCAAUUCAGUCCUUAAUGAACGAAAAACCAUACCACAAUGAACCAGGAUUUGAGAGGGAAAGGGUGGCUGGUGAUGUAAAGCGAUACAAUGAAAUUAUUCAACAUGAAACCCUGAGGGUGGCUGUCUGUGAUAUGUUGGAGGGGAGGUGUAAUUGCCCAGACACUCUCAAAGAAGUAAUGGAAACCUCAUUUUUGGAGUAUUAUGACUACUACAAAUCUAUAUGCUCUUCUAAGAAGCACUUACAAGGUCAGACUAUGCAGGAUCCUUUUGGUGAAAAAAGAGGCUGUUUUAAUUACAAAUCAAUUGAAAGUCGACUUGAAAAAAUAAAGGGACAGUUAGAUGAGAAACGGAUACUAUCUAGUGACUCAUCUGAAGAGUCGGAUAUGGAAACAAAUGAGAAAACCAGUGACAGUAUGGAAGAUAAGGGGGCGGAGACUGCAGAGGUCGAAGAGGUCAAUGUGAAGACUGACAGUUGAUGCAAAGUUCUGUGAUAGAAAUAUAAUGUAAUAUGUACAUAUAUUACACCAUUAUAUGAACUGAGUACCACUGUUGGUGUAAUAGACAUGCUGAUUUUCUCUCUUGGACAAAUACCUUCAUUGCAUACCAUGUCUUGGGGGGAAAAAACAUGUGGAACUAAAGCUGUAGUAUGUGUAUGUAACAAUGCACAAAUGCUAAACCAUGUGCUCUGAGUACAGACUAGUGACAAUAUUUCAAAUGUGUUUUGUUAUUAUGGUCAUGGAAUGCAUGUUAAAAAAUUUUUUUUAGAGCUUAUUAUUAAGCUUCAUGGAAGGAUGGGUUGAAUUAUUUCACAUAGUCUUUCAAAUGUUUCUGUUAAUCUUCACAUAGAUUUUUAUGAGAAUAAUGUGUACAUAUAUCAUGUUCAUACAUUGCAUGUUAAUUAGUGAAAUAAUGCUUGUUAAUUAGUGAAAUAAUGCAUGUUAAUUAGUGAAAUAAUUUGAUUUGUUAAGAACAUCGGUUUGAAAGCGAGGUGUUCAUCUUUUAAGCUUUUGCAUUCUUAUAUCAUUAUAGUGGCAGAUCCGGAGGAAUUGUUACAGGUGUUGCAACCCCCCUCCUCCUUUUGGUUGGAUAUUUUUCACAGAUAUUGUCUUUUUUUUGAGAUUCUGUAAUCCCCCAGAAAAGACACAAACUUGGGUUGCAGUCCCUCCUUUUAAAAUUUUCUUAAUUCACCACCAUAUAUUAUAAAAAAAUUUGUAGCAGUGAUCAAAAUCUUGAGGAAUGCAGAGGGGCUGAUUGUGGUUAUUUUAAUGUGUACUGUAUGUUUAAAUUGAUAUCCGUUCAUAAAUGAGACAUAGUUGUGUUGUUCGACCAAACUGGGUACAUCACAUAAUUUUAUAGUGGACCAAUUUUCAUGAAGCAAUUUUUCUUUAGAGGUGUGUAUUCAGAAAAAUAAUCAACUCAGUGUUUUUGGAGAAAAUGAAGGAGCAACAUACAUAUGCCAUUGAAGCAAAAAUAAAAUCAGGAACAUAGUUACAUGUAUAAUUUUAAAAUUCAUCACCUGUCUGCAGGAUGGAUCAGUGGUUAGGCUGUAAUGUGUUCCGAGUUCUAGAAGCGUUUUAAUUUUUUCCUAAUUAUUUACACUAAAAUUGCAAUUUUUUACUACACAAGGUAAACAUUUUAUAUUUCCAACACUGCAACUAAUUUGAUUCACAUAAUCCUAUUAUUUUUUUUUUUUUAUUCAUGGCAAUUUUGAUUAGCGUAUCAUAUCUACACAAGAAUGGCAUGUUAUAUAGAUAGUGAUCUGAUUAUUUAGGAAUUGAUGCAGUAAGAAAAUUGAGCAAUCUUUGAACUUAAUAACCAAUGAACACUGGUAAGCUCUAAGUGUCAAACAUAUAUAUAUAUUCUUAUAUUAAAUAACUUAUCUUUGAAAUGCACAUGUAAGAAUAUUACAGGUACAUGCAUUAUAUUUGCCUCUGACUUGCUGAUACUUACAAAUGUACAUAUGAAAAUUUUUAAAGCAGAUCUUGUUUUCAAUAGCAUACAUGAUACACGAUAGUGUAAUUUCUAAUAACUACAUGUACCAAUGAUAGAUGCAAGGAAAACAGACAAAUUAAUUUCUAAAUGAAUAAUAAACAGGACUGUCAGGGGGUUGUUUUAGACUUUUAAAUUUAGGUUUACAUGAUUGUAUGCAAAGUAAAACAUAAAUGUGACUGUCAUUCAGUUGGGAAUGCUAUAGAAAAUUUCAAAAAAAAAUUUUUGCAGUUUAUUUUUUUGUUUUGUUGAGGAAGAUUUUUUUCUAUAUACUCACUAGAAUUGCAAAUUGCUAAUAAAAAUAAUAUGAAUAAAGUUUUUUUUUUUUUUAAAAGCUAAAAAAAAAAAAAAAAAUGAAAUAAAAUAUUCACGUAUGAUUCCAGCAUUUAAAAAAUGUGAUGGUACAAUUUCUUCAAAAUGAUCCAUUAAAUUUUUCUCUAUACUUGAAUUAUAGACUGUGCACACUCAUUAACUUGAAGGGACAUGGACACGAUUUGAGUUGAAAAUUUUCAAAUUUUUAUUUUUUGAACUGUUAAUGUUUAGAAUGCUUAACUUAGGUAUUACUUAUGAUCAGCAAAAAAUUUUAAUGUCAGUUAUCAAGGUACAUGGGAGAUACAGAGGUCACAAGUCCUUGUUUAGCUGCAAUAAUGUAGCCCUCUCUGAUUUUUUUUUUUUUAGGGAGAGGGCUACAACUCCUUAGGAUCUCCGUAAUGGUGCAAAUGCGGGAGUGAUUCACUCCCGCAACAUUUGCGCUCAUUCUAAACAUUUCCUGACUUUCUUUACGUAAAUAAAACGAUAUUCUAUGUUUCUUAGUCAAUAUAUAAAUUUACAACCUGCAACUUAAGAUUUGUGAGGCUCUAUUCUACCAUUUUCAACAAUUUCGAUAAAUUCCAAUUUCUCGAUUCAUAUUUGUGCGCCAUGUUUGAUGUACUGAAGUUUCAACUUCCGAUUGUCAAGUAAUUUGCAUAUGCCAUAUAAGGUAGUAUUUACAGCAAUGGACAAGUAUGGAGGCGAAAGCUAUUUCGUCGGUAUUGAAAAGGUUUGAAUUUAAUAUCAAGUUAAAAACCGAACAGCAGAGUGUAAAUUCUUUCUGCAACAAUAUGAUUUUCCUUUCUUUGUCGAAGUGGCUCGAGUAACUACAUUUUCGCGCUGAUUGUCAAUGUUUAGGUUUUUCAUUAGAUCCACCUACGAGAUCUCGCGAUAACAAGCAUGGCGGAGCAGACGAAGAAUUUUGCAUGCUGUACAGUAUAUUUAAUGAAAAACACCUUUAUUAGACAUGCCCGAGUACAAAGUUGGUACUCCUUUUGGUGUAAACAACAUUUGGGACUAAUACACAGAGUUUAUUAUCGGUUAUUCAUAAAAUUAUUUUGCACCAUUACGGAGAUCCUAUGGAAUUGUAGCCCUAUCCCGAAAACGUCAGAAUUAAAAAAAAUUGGAUAGGGCUACAUUAUUGCAGCUAGUCCUUGUUAUGUAAACAAGGCUCGAGCAUGCCAUAUUUUUGUUUACAUAGGUUAAAUAAACUAGUAAAAGUUUCGUUUAAAGCAGAGUUUUUCAAUUUAUAAGACUUUAGUGAAUUCUUAACACAAUUGAGUAUUUUCUAGUGUUUGACACAUUUCAUUUUGUUUUAAACACGCUAUUUUUUAUUAAACAGUCUAAUGUAAACAACAACAUGGCACGAGCCUUGUUUAAAUAGCAAGAAUUGCGAGUGCCGUAUCACACUUAUAACUGAUAUUCAAAUUUUGGUUGACCAUUACAAAUUCUUUAGUUAAGCAAUAAAAAUGGAAAAAUAAAAUUUGAAAAUUUUCAUCUUAAAUUGUGUCCAUGCCACUUUAAAGACUGGUUGUGUAGAUCAUAAUUUAAAUAUAUAAGUUUUUGUAUGUGUAUUUCUGUUGCUUUAACUUUUGCUCAACUACAUGUAGAUCACAAUAUAUAUAACAAUAUCCCUUCUGAAUCAUGAAAGGGAGGGGGCAGAUACAGUUUGUGAAUUUAUUUGCUAAUGCAUUGCAAUUUCAAUCACUAAUUGUGAUAACUUAUAAGAUUGGGAGUUGUGUGUAAUGAAAUAUGGGAUUAUAUUGUCUAUUAUACAUGUAUAUUUUUUGUUCUGGAAUCCUAUGGAUUAGUACAAUGUUGAUAGUAAGAUAUUCUUUGUAUUAUAUGUGAUAGCGAAAGAGUAUUCUAAAAAUUGUCCUUUUUUCCCCCAUGAAUGCACUUGUAAUGCUCAUACUAAUAAAUGUUGAUUUUACAAUACAUGUAAUAAUGUUUUUUUUGCGUCAUUGAAUCUGUAGAGUGUUUUAUACUCAAUAAAUGCAUAUUUAAAUAUUUUUUUUUAAAAGUUGUUUGUCAUUUGCUGUUUAUUUGUAGGAAGGAAUAAAAAGUAUAUUAAAAUUUGCUGUUACUAAUAUUUUGUUUAUGACAUAGUCACUCAUAGUGUCACUGUCAUGUACUAAUAAAAAUGUUGAAAUGCAAAAUA